AUGAACUAUAACAAUCAAGAUAUUUACAAUCCAAAUUUUCAAGUUGCUUAGCAUAACAAUAUUAUAAAUCCUCAGCCUUAUCUUGUAGGAUAACCCAUAGAUAAAAUUCCUAAUAAUAAUUUUGGUUAUCAAUACCCGAAAUAGAAUGUAGAAGUAUAUCCGAUUUCUUAUCAAUAAAAUCCUGCUUUUCAAGUUAACCCAAAUCCUAACAUUAUAAGCAUUUAAUACUCAAGUCCUGAAGUUAUAUACUGCACAGCUUCGAUUAGAUCUACAAGAAAACAUUAUAAUAAUGGAGUAGGAGUAAAUGGAAUCAUUAAUGCAUUAUAACAGAUUUACUCAGAAUUAAAUUUAGUCAUUCCUAAUCUAGAUUUGAUAGGACGUUUCAACUUUCUAUCAACUAAUUAGAUGGAAAAUAAAGUGUUUCAGCCAAUGAUCAACAAUAACAGAAUUAUUUAAAAUGAAUUAAUUAGAAAUUGUAAAGUAUUUUAUUGCUGUAAAACUCUAUAAUCAAGGGCUACUAACUUUAUAAUAAUUAUGGUUUCUUCGAUUGUAGAGUUUAAUUCUGAUGGUAAUAACAAUACAGCACUACGUUUUGCAAUUUAAAUACCAUGUAUUUUUAUCUUGAUGUUUUCAUUAGUGUCUAACUCAAUUAUCUUAGUAUCCACAAAAAGAUUUCUUGUUUUAGUAAAGUAAUUAGACCAAAAUGAAUUUGUAGAUGGAAAUUGUAUUUGA